AGAAUGAGUUCAACGAGCCGUGCAUGGACAUGGACAGUGGCAUGCAGCGUUGGAGUGGUGGAGGCCUUGAAGGAUCAGGGGAUAUGCAGGUGGAACAGUGUGAUAAGGUCAGCACAACAACAUGCUAAGCAUCAUAUGAGGACUUUGUCUCAGACUAAGAAGCUCUCUUAUCAAUCAUCUGCGAUGUUGAAAGAUGAGAAAGCUCAGCAAUCAGAGGAAGCUUUGAGAACCGUCAUGUACUUGAGCUGCUGGGGUCCCAACUAA